AACUCUCAUUGAAUUUCUGAGAGGAAAAGAAAAAUGGAAGGAGAGAAAGGUACGGUUUGUGUAACAGGUGGAACGGGAUACAUAGGAUCAUGGCUGAUAUUGAGACUUCUAGAUCAUGGUUACUCCGUCACAACAACUGUUAGAUCAAACCCAGAGCAUAAGAAAGACCUUAGCUUCCUCACAAGUCUACCAGGAGCAUCAGAAAGGCUCAAGAUCUUUGACGCAGAUCUCAACAAUCCAGAAAGUUUCCGAGCAGCCAUCGAAGGUUGCAUUGGAGUCUUCCAUGUUGCCACUCCGAUUGAUUUCGAGAACGAAGAAGCAGAGGAAAUAGUGACCAAAAGGUCAAUAUAUGGAGCAACGGGGAUCUUACAGGCAUGCCUAGACUCCAAAACAGUGAAAAAAGUUGUCUAUACUUCCAGUGCCGCUGCUGUUGUGUUCAAUGGGAAGGAUUUUGAUCAAAUGGAUGAGAGUUUUUGGAGUGACAUUGACUACGUUAAAUCUCUCGAGUCAAAUUCAGGUUCAUACGCGAUUUCCAAGACCUUAACUGAAAGAGCGGUCCUUGAAUUUUCAGAAAAACAUGGUUUGGAAGUUGUCACAUUGAUUCCUACUUUUGUUGUUGGCCCUUUCAUUUGUCCUAAGCUUCCUAGCUCUGUUCGCUCCGUAUUUAAUCUGAUCUUAGGCGAAAAGAGCGCAUCUAGUUCUCUUACCCGUAUCGACACGGUGCAUGUGGACGAUGUCGCUAGUGCUCACAUUUUCCUAUUUGAAAAUCGCGAAACAAAAGGGCGAUAUAAUUGCUCAGCAAAUACUAUAGAAGUUGAAAGCAUAUCCAAGUUGCUUUCUACCAAAUACUCAGUACUUGAGAUACCUAGUAAAGGUUCUCAAGUGAAAAUGGAAGCCAAUUCUCCAUCUUUAUCAUCAAAGAAGCUACUAGAUUCAGGUUUCCAAUUCAAGCAUGGAGUUGAAGAAAUGUUUGAUGAUGCAAUCAAAUGCUGUAAAGAAAAGGCGUACCUCUAGUGUGUGUGUGUGUGUUUUUUUUUUUUUAAGCCUCAUGGUUUAUCUGGACUCAUUACCAUCAAUUAAUGCAUCUUCUGUUGAUCAAAUUAAAGCUCUAAAAACACAUGGAGUUUUCUGCAUUAUUUUUUAACACAUUUAUUGAAAAUCAAGCUUUUGAAUUU